AUGGCUUUAAUCCUUCACACCUCUCACUCUAUGGCUCUGCAACCUUGGAAGCAGAUGUUAUUUUUCUCCAUAGGAAGAGCAGUCUACCCUGCCAAGACACCCACAAGGUCUUUCAACGCCCCGGAUCUUCUACCUUUUACAGCCCCUUUUACUUUCUCCAUCUCUCCGAACAAAAACAAUCUGACUGGGCAUGGCCUAGUCUUCAUCUUUGUACGUUGUACAGGCAUUCAAUACCUUGGCUUCUUGAAUCGAAGCGAUGAUGGAAAUCUCAACAACCAUGCUUUUGCUAUUGAAUUUGAUGUUUUCAAGAAUCAAGAAUUCAAUGAUAUCAAUAACGACAAUGAUGUAGCCGUCGGCGUGAAUUCUGUCACUUCUCUGGAAUCUGAGAAAGCUUGA